AUGUUUACUGAGUUCUCGUCUCCUGGAGGCGAUAUGUACAUGGAUGCUACCGACAAUGGAUAUUCGUCUACACCAGUAAUAGGAGGAUUGAGAGUCGAGGAGCCCAACAAAACUCCUUCUAGAUCUUUUACUCCAACCAGAACACUUGCCACUACUCCUUCUAGAGUAAUACUUAACAAUUCUAUCCACACCUCUAAAGUGACUACCAUCUACGAUCAAAUAUCCGAUUGGUUCGAUUCUGAGAUUGAUAGACGGAGACUUCGUGGUUCUCUCUUCUUCGCUUCAAUCAGCGCUAUCGCGUUUUUCGUUUGUUAUUUGUUAUGUAAAAUUAACAUUUUCUCUCCAUUUUCUAGUAUUUAUGGUGUAACUGCUUCGUUCACUACCCUCUCUUCUUAUUUGCUCAUUCUGUUGUCUGGUUUCGUUUAUUUUGUCUAUUCUAAUAUCUUUCUCCGAUGUUUCUACAAAGUGGAUCAAGACGAGAAGUUAUCACCUUUAAAGUUUGAAACAUGGGUCGCGUGUGCACUCACUCUCUCUGUGAAUUAUUUUAUUUCUUUCCUUCUAAUCAAAAACGUUAAUCUAACUGAGUCUGGUCUAAUGGCUCUAGUUUUGUAUUUAUCUGUGACUAUUGCCGGUGUCGGUACUGUACUUAGAGGAGACUAUCAACUUCUUUUUUCUGGAAACGCUGUUCAGAUGAGUUUCUGGAACUCCAUUAUUUCUAUGUUCGCUAUCCGAGGAGAGACUGUUCUAGUACAUUCCUUGAAAGCGGCCACGAAAACUAUUGCUGCUGCUCUCGUUCUUGGAUUUGUCUUAGGUCCAUUCUUGUUCGGAUUCUCCUCUAUUCUCGUGUUCUUCCACCCUAGUUUGUACCAAAUUCUUUUCGGCGUUACUGUUUUCCACAUUAUGAUUGGAAAGGCAUUGACCAGAAUCGUUAAAUCUAUUGUUCUGCAGCCUAUUGCUUUUCCAUUACCUCCCGCCUAUGUUGUGAGUAGCCCUACUCCAGAACAAACGAGAAACUUGAUCAAUGUCAUUGAAUCUCAACACAAGCUUUUGAAGCUUUUUGCCUUUUUCGAUUUGAGACGGAUUGGUUGGAAUGAUAGCAAGAGAAGACUUGAAGUUUUCUCAUUAAGUCAACCAGGUGGACACCCCAGAAAUUGGUCUGCUCUAUCCUCUGCUUGUUUGAGAGUCUUGGAAGAAGCUAAGUCUGAGAUUGAAAUCGCUCUAUCUCGGUACACUGGAUCAUUCGAUGAUAACGAGGAUGAAGAUGCUAUCGAUCGGGAGAUGCUCCUUAUGCCCAUGAAAGCCCGUAAACAAUUAUACUCUUCUGCUAUUCGUCAGAGACAUAGAGUUGCGCUCAGACCAGCUGUAUCAAAGCCUUCAGUUUUCAAAUCAAAGAAAUGGAUUGUUGAAAAUGAUGCCCCCUUGAUCCCAGAUUACAAUCUUCAACUAAGUACACUGGCUGUGGAAGGUUUCUUCAAGCUUGUCGUGAAGUCUUUCUCCGAGGAUAGAUUCGGAAUGGUUCUCAAAGAUCUAAACAUCAUCAUCAGAAGCUUAUGUUCUCUCAUCCAAACGAUUGACAAGUACUUUAGAGCUCGAGCAACCGUUCCUCAUGACGGAGUAUCAGUUGAAGGAGUUCAUAAACUGAAUUUAACUCUCCAAUCUGCUCUCAUUCAUAUCCAUAACGAGUUCGGAAAUCAUCUCAAGGAUAUUGGAUUGUCGCCAAGAGAGUUGGAGUGCAUGAAAAUGAUUUGUGAGAUGGAGUGGAGUAAGGUUUCCAACAGUUCCAUUUAA